GAUGUCUGGGUGAGGGGGACCAGAGCAGAGCAGCAGCCAGACGCCAAAACACCGAAAAACCCUCCAGACGCCUGAGCAGCUGAGUGGAUUAGACAUGAGAGGAGACCUGACCUGCCACUUCACAAGUGCCUGCAGGACCUACUUCACCAGAUAAAGUGCCUCACCUCGUGUUGAGCCACUAAAGAGAAGUUUUCAUCCAAGGCCUGAGGACAAUGUUGCAGUCAGACACUUCUGAAAACACAGAGACGGGACCAAAGUGAAGCACCUCUUCACAACUGGAUUAAUCUAAACCAAGAGCAAGAGGACAAGAGUUGACUGGAGAGGACGAAGACCAACAAAAAAAUACGUUGAAUGUCAAGCGGCAAUAAAAGAAGGCAAACAAACUUGGCUGCAGUUGUUGGCUUUUACCCUGAGAUCAAAAUCAUCAGAUUUCAAAGAGGCCCUCGUAUAAACAAACACGCUUUUGGUCUUUUGGAUUGUUCAAAAAAAAAAAAAAUACUCCAGCCCUCGUUGAAGGAGGCGUCUACAAAUUCAUCUUCCUCUAAUAUGGGCCUCAUCAGAUACUGCUGCGUCUCAGGGAAACUAUCUGAAGGCAGAUGAGAAGAUGAGAAGUACAUGAAAGUUCAGAGUCGAGUCACCAGAGAUAUCUGACCCGACAGCUGUUGGACUGCUGAACAGUGAAACGUCACAUCUCACCACAUGAAAGGACUUUUCACACAAAUUAACACCAUAUCUUAAUUAUUGUUGGUAUAUCCAGAAGCCUUUUUAUGCUCGUUUACUAUCUCGUAAACUUCAAAACUCUCCAGAAGAUCCAUUAAAAACUUCCACAGACUUAAUUAAAAAGCUGUCACAGAUCUGUAUCCUGAAGCCAUGGAUGAGAAAAUUGACAGCAUUCAGGAUUUCUUCAACCAAAUGUGGAGGUUCACCACCGACAAACACAACCAGGGGGUUUACAACACCGUCUGUCUGGUGGUCCUCCUCACGCUUCCCCUGCUGGUCCUCCUCAUUACUUUGGUGGUGUGCUGCCACUGCUGCUGCUGUCGCCAUGCCAACGGCUGCUGUUGCUACCGCAGAUACGACAUAGCAACUGCAAGGUCGGAGACGAAGAAGAAGAAAAAUUCGGCAAAUACAGACGACUUGUGGAUUUCUGUUAAGGCGGGGUCGAUGACACCUGACAGGAUCCCACUGGACAUGGUGUAGGGAUGAAUUUUUCAAUUUUUCUUUAAUUGCUGAUCCUGGGCCAGUCCGUGCAGCAGAGCCAAUCAAGUGUCGCAAAAGUCAUCGCACACUUGAAGGAGGCUGGGGAUGCUGUUUAAACUGAUGGGAGGCACUUCACAUUGUAAUGGGCACAGAUUUGGUAGAAAUAUGUAAACAGUGCAGAUUGUUUUUAGUUUGUGGGGAUUUGAUUAAGUUGUUUACAGCUUUUAGUUUGAGCUUUUUGGCGCCGUGCAUACAAUAUACAGACAGGCUUUUAUAUAUAUAUAUAUGUAAGCAACAAAUGUGUGUGUUGGAUAGAAAAGAGGCAGUGUGUG